AUGCUCCCCAACCCCCUCGCCCUCCAAGUCCUAGUCCUCGCCCCGCAACUCAUCUCCCUGACCUCCUCACCACAUCCAACAACUGACCUCACCAUCACAACAACAAUCCACAACCCUUCCACCAGUCCCAUCACCGUCCUGAAAUGGAACACCCCGCUGGACCCCCGCGCCGGCGUCCUCGGGGUGUUUGACAUCCACGACGAAGUCGAGAACCAGAGUGUGCCCAUCGACACGGUCAAGUUCAACCGCAAACUGCCUCCCUCGGAGGAUGAUCUGGUGGAGAUCGCGGCCGAGAGCUCCGUCCAGGUCGAGGUGAAGUUGCCGCCUGUUACACUGCACGCAGGACGUGAGUAUACUGUUAAGGCAAAAGGCAGGUGGCAUGGGGUGUGGGAGGGGAACAAAGGAGAGGUGGGUGGUGCGAAGCUGGAGAGCUUGGAUGGGAAGGCCCAGGGAGGGGAUUUUGUAUCGAAUGUGGCGAGGGUGAGGGUUGAGUGA